CACUUUUGUUUUUUUGUCUCCUUUUUCAUCACACAUUUUCAUCACAACCCACACCAUUUUCAUUGCUGAGUUAAAUGUAGACAAAUGUGUAAAUAAGUGGCUUUUGGGGUGUUUCAAAUUUUGCGAUGUCAGCUGAACGCAGAAGCAAGAGGUUCCGUGCGGAGGAGAGAGAGGCUCCUCCACUUCGUGAUAAUUCAUUAGAAAAAAUGGAACACGAGGACCCUGAGCAGGAUAACACCAUUGUCCUGCCAUAUGAUGUUGUUGCUAUAAUUUUCAAACGUCUUUUCGCUAAGGAGUUGUGCAACUCUGCGAUGGUUUGCAGGCUCUGGCAGGAGGUGGCUGUCAAUGAAUUGGCUAGUCGAGUCCCUAUGAUCAGUCUGACACGCUGGGAUGAUGUCUUCAGAGCCUGUCAUACACCGAAAUUUCCUCACAAUUUGACCAACAAACCCAUGCUGGGACUCUUGUUCAGUGGCUCCAACUCGGUUCCUCGUGAUUGCUUCGGUAAACACUUUCCCAGAAACUGCGUUUCCCUCGUGAUGAACACAAGUGGAUUAGUGUUGAAUGACAGGGAGUACGAGAGGUCUCCAUCCAAAGUUGUUUAUGCCUAUUUGCCAGAGAGCUCUGGAGUGAAUGUGGAGUACAUAAUGGGGAAGAAGAGUCAAGUUAUCCAUCUCAAUAAGGAUUUGGAGGUUCUGAGCAAUGGGGAUCAGCCACAUAGGCUGAGUGUCAUUGAACCCAUGUUUCAGGGGGCUGUAGAUAGAUUGAAGGAAAUCAAAUGUAUGCUGCUUAUCACUGCCGAGAACUUCAGACAUGAGGAGAAACUUGCCGAAUUAGAUGUCAUAAAACAAAAUGUACCUGUAAUGUGGGGUGGAGUAGCUAAGAAAUUGCUGGUCUGCAAGAGAGGUGUUAAUGAAACAAGUGGAUUCGAAAAUGUCCUCUGGAUUGCAAUUCUCAUUGGUGGACCCAACAUAAAGAGUUGGUCAAUUGUCAUAGAGAAUGAUGAACGAAGGAAUGAACAAAUCAGAGAGAGAUUUGCGGAUUUUAAGAAGAGUGUUCAACCGAUGAAACACACUGUGGGACUCAUGUUCGCAUGUGUUGGCAGAGGAGAGGGUAUGCACGGUCUACCAGAUGUCGAGGCUACUAUUUUCAAGGAGACAUUCCCAGAUAUUCCGUUGAUCGGAGGAUUCGGUAACGGCGAGUUCGGAUUCAACUAUGACGAUAACAGAUUGAGCAGGCAGGCACAUCACCAAUAUUCCACAUCAUUCAUGAUCCUCACCUACAAUUAAUUGAGAGGAUUUUUUUCGUUCUCUUGGGAUUUCGUUUCGAUAUAAACAGACAUGGUAUUGAAAAAUGUAAAUUGUCCGUCUCAAUGCAUUCAUUUAAAUUGAAAUAUUUAAUUAUCUUUAAUAAUGUAAGCAAUAACGUUUGAACAAUUUUCGUAUAAUAAAAUUU